GAGAGGAAGAGAGUGAUCAAAUGAGGGAGAAGUUUGCUGUGCCAGAAAGUGACCAUUUGACAUACCUUAAUGUUUACCUGCAGUGGAAAAAUAAUAACUAUUCCACUAUUUGGGCUAAUGAACACUUUAUCCAUGCGAAGGCUAUGAGAAAGGUCCGAGAGGUUCGUUCCCAGUUAAAGGAUAUAAUGAUGCAACAGCGUAUGAAUAUUGUAUCCUGUGGUACUGACUGGGAUAUCAUCAGAAAAUGCAUCUGUGCAGCAUACUUUCACCAGGCUGCAAAACUCAAGGGUAUUGGAGAGUAUGUGAAUGUGAGAACAGGCAUGCCAUGCCACUUGCACCCGACGAGUUCACUUUUUGGCAUGGGUUACACCCCAGAUUAUAUUGUAUACCAUGAACUAGUGAUGACUUCAAAGGAGUACAUGCAGUGUGUUACUGCAGUGGAUGGGGAGUGGCUUGCUGAACUUGGACCAAUGUUUUACAGUGUCAAGCAAGCUGGUAAAACUCGACAGGAAAAUCGUCGUCGUGCCAAAGAAGAAUUGUCUUCUAUGGAAGAAGAAAUGGCUAUGGCACAGGAGCAACUACGGGCACGCAAGGAGGAACAAGAGAAAAAGAAUAUUCUAAAUAGUGCAAGGUCUGUCAAGAUUUAUACUCCAGGACGGAGGGACCCAGGAACACCAAUGACUCCACGACACACCCCAGCACGCUUUGGACUUUGAUUGUUAUCUAAUUUUGUUUUUUAUGUUUUUUUAAUUUUGUACAAAAUAUGUUUAAAUAUUCGUGGCUUCAAAUCUAUAUUUGUAUAUUACCACAUUUUUCUAGUGCCUCAGAAUAACAGUAUUUGUGUUUAUAAUGUAGCACUUGAGCUUUUCAUUGCACCAUAGUCAAGUGCUAGUGAUUGAAAAAUUCAAGUUUGUCAUCACAAUGGAUGGUACACGGGUUCAUGUGACAAUAGUUUUGUUGCUGCCAUCAUUGGCUUUGCCGUAGAUCUACGUGCCCUCAACACUGGGUCAGCUAAUUGUGUGCGUAUACAAGAUGUAUGGAAAACCUGUCCAUUCCAGUGGAUCUCUUGUCAUUUUUACUUUUUAUGCAAGAAUUGUUUCACUGUUCAAAUGUUACCCAUUCUCAUACUUAGAUUUUCUGUUUUUUGUUAAGUUCUGGACAUCUGUUUCUCAUGAUUUUACAAUGCUAUGCAACUCUACUCCUCAAAAAAUUAUUUAAACUGUCAUCUCUAAGGACUGUGCAAAAUAAUUUUAACUUGGCUGUAAUUUUGAUCCAUUGGAGAGUUAAUUCAACACACAUUAUGAAAGAGAACAAUACAAAGGGAAAUGAGCAAUCCCCUAUUUCUUGACUUUUCAGUGAAGCAUCUCACCUUAUGGGGCGUUAUCUGACCCGGCUGACGUAUCAGUGCCAAUCAGUGAUAUUCUCCAGGGACCGUUGGAGUUAUCAUAUUGUAUAAGUAGCAAGAUUGAUGGAAUAUGCUAUCCCUUCCUGUUUGAAUGACAAGUUUUGUUAACUACUCUAAAUGUCCUUGCAUUGUAUUUCCUCUUUCUUUUCUGUCCUUGAAUUUGUCCAGCCAGCCAGGCUUUUGAGCGUUAGUAUUUGGUGAGAAAUCCUUAUGAGUGUAACUCUAUCAGGGAGAAACUACUUUUUGCUCUCUUGGUAAAACACAACUGGUUUUCUCUUCAUGACUUUGAGGUAACAGCAAUUUUUGCCUAUUUGUAAAUUCUGUACAAUUUAGGGGUAACUUCUGUGGGAGAGGUUUGUGAUGCAAUCUAUGUAUCUUCAGACCAUAAGAAAAGGAACAUAAGUAGGCUUGACUUGCAGUUCAGAACUGCAGGUCCUUUCGUUUUUCUAAUGCAUGGCUUUAUUUGAAUCCAUUUGAAUAUUCAUGAGGCUGUAAGCAGGAAAACAAGUUUCUUGAUUUUUUUGUAACAGUACUGUGCCUUCAACAAGUGCAAGUAUGUGUUUAAUUUCUUCAGAUUUCAAUCUGGGAUCAAUACAUUAUUGUAUUUCAAUUUAUUUUACACUUCUUUUCAAUCUUGAAAGGAGUUCCAGCCUCCUCCAAUAUGCUCAUUUCUCUGAACUUACUGUUCAUUAACUAAGACCCUAAAAUGCCACUGUUUAUCUUGAACAGAAAAUUGGGUUUACUUCACCUCUCCAGUAAUUUCUGGCUGAGGUCCCUUCAUACUUUACAAUUGUUUCACCCGGCUUGAUUUUUUAACACGUGAGCUGUUCUGUACUUUUGGCUAUUUCAUGAAAAUAUGCUAUCCUUUGUGACAGGUGUUUCAAAUCAAUUAAAGAAAGGGGUAUCUGUGA